CCGGUUGGUGAGGACACGUCACUCUUUGAGCCGAGGAAGAGGACCGGUGCUAACUCCGCUUUCCGACACCUUAAACAUAAAAUACACGGUGAAAUCAUGUCGAAUUCGGUGAUAUCGGUUAUCUCCCGGUUUCUAGAGGAGUACACCUCCACCACGCCCAACAAGCUCAAAGUGGUAGACUCGUAUUUGCUGUAUAUUCUGUUGACAGGAGCGCUGCAGUUCCUCUACUGUCUGCUCGUUGGUACCUUCCCCUUCAACAGCUUUCUGUCGGGCUUCAUCUCAUGUGUGGGCGCUUUCAUUCUCGCAGUGUGUCUUCGUAUCCAGAUCAACCCACAGAACAAAGGAGAGUUCAUGUCCAUCUCUCCAGAGAGAGCCUUUGCUGACUUCCUCUUUGCCCAAAUUGUCCUCCACCUGGUUGUGAUUAACUUCAUUGGCUGAAGCAGACAUGGACCCAAAGGGACAGUGCCCCCCUCCUCUUAGAAGAUCCCGACAAAGAAGUCAUGAAAAUUCCCCAUCAAGACAUGAUGCUGCGUCUGAUCUUGUGCCACGAUCCCACUGUCAACUCUGAGUUAGUUGUAUCUUGACACAUGUGAUGCAGUACAAUUUUCAUACUGAUAAACUGGUUGAUUUCUUUCUCUUUUUUUAAUGUAAAAUUUGUAAAUCAUUCCCUUUUUGCACUGAGGCAAAGAAAUAAAAAAAUGAAGCCGAAA